AUGAAGAAUUUUUCAUUUCCUAUGCAGGAUAACACACAUCAGACCGAGAGUCCUUCGGGUCACAGAUUCCUGAGUUUGACAAAUCAGUCAGAUCCUGUUGGGAGACCAGAAAGGGAUGAGCAAUUAGCUCAAGUAGAGAUUGCUGUACUGGGGGUCAUAUUUCUGACAGCGUCUGUGGGCAAUUUUAUUCUCAUACUGGUGCUGUGGCGAAGAAGACAGAAGCUCUCUAGGAUGUAUGUAUUCAUGCUUCACCUCAGCAUCGCUGACUUAGUGGUAGCCUUUUUUCAAGUGCUGCCUCAACUCAUUUGGGAUAUUACAGACGUUUUCAUAGGGCCAGAUUUCUUGUGCAGAAUUAUCAAGUAUCUACAAUUGCUGGGCAUGUUUGCCUCCACUUAUAUGAUAGUGGUCAUGACAGUGGACAGAUAUCAAGCAGUUUGCUACCCUAUGGUCACUUUCCAAAAGAAGAGGGCUCUCUGGAACAUCCCCAUUUGCACCAGCUGGUCUAUAUCACUGAUUCUUAGCCUACCACAGGUAUUUAUCUUUUCUAAGACUGAAAUAUCUCCAGGUAUCUUUGAAUGUUGGGGUGAAUUUAUUCAGCCAUGGGGCCCAAGGGCAUAUGUGACGUGGAUUUUUGUAGUUAUAUUCUUCAUUCCCUCAGCCAUCCUUAUCACGUGUCAGGUUAAGAUUUGCAAAAUAAUCAAAAGAAAUAUAUAUGUGAAAAAACAGAAUGAAUAUGAAGUGACAAAUCAGAAGCAAGUCCUGCCAUCCCGAGCAAGCAGUGUGAACUGUAUUUCAAAGGCUAUGAUCAAGACUGUAAAAAUGACAGUGGUGACAGUUGUUGCAUAUGUUCUCUGUUGGUCACCUUUCUUCAUUGCACAGCUGUGGUCUGUGUGGUUCCCCAGUGUCGUGACUGAAGGUUCGGCAUUCACCAUUAUCAUGCUCCUUGGCAAUUUAAAUAGUUGCACCAACCCAUGGAUUUACAUGUAUUUUUGUGGCCACAUUCCAUAUUGCACAAAUAAGCAGCUGGAGAACAUCUCGGCUCAGGAGGAAUCGGUGAUCACGGGGAGCAUUCAUCUCGUAGACAGAGACCCUGAGGAAAACAGUACUUCUGCAUAA